CGAUGUCCGGGCGCGGAAAGCAGGGCGGGAAGGCGCGCGCCAAGGCCAAGUCGCGCUCGUCGCGGGCCGGGCUGCAGUUCCCCGUGGGCCGCGUGCACCGGCUGCUGCGCAAGGGCAACUACGCGGAGCGCGUGGGCGCCGGCGCCCCGGUGUACCUGGCGGCCGUGCUGGAGUACCUGACGGCCGAGAUCCUGGAGCUGGCGGGCAACGCGGCCCGCGACAACAAGAAGACGCGCAUCAUCCCCCGCCACCUGCAGCUCGCUAUCCGCAACGACGAGGAGCUCAACAAGCUGCUGGGCAAGGUGACGAUCGCGCAGGGCGGCGUACUGCCCAACAUCCAGGCUGUGCUGCUGCCCAAGAAGACCGACAGCCACAAGGCUAAAGCCAAGUGAGCGCUGACGACCGAAGACCUGCAGUUACCAGGAGAAACCCAAAGGCUCUUUUAAGAGCCACCCACAUUCUCAGUAAAGAGCUGAAUUGCUUUUAAUUAUUACAAACCUUGCAACUACUACAGUUUUUAUUAGCGCCUUUCUUUUCGCCAUUCUAACACAUUGCAUUUGGUGCCAUCCUGUAGUUGAGGUGUUGGAGCAUAAGUUAGACUUGGUCUUGCCGACCUAGAAUUCUGUGAAUUCUACAGUAGCAGGCAUCUAAUAUUAAACACAACA